UAUCGGGACACAGAAGUUAUAAAACACGGAUUCUAGUAUUACACACUAUGAGUAACCCGGUGUGUUCGCAUCAUGUUGCGUCUAGGACUGUUGCUGGUAGCCUCAUGUGUCUCUCUGGCUGUGGCCAGACGAUCGCCCAACGCUGAAACUGUUGAAAAAUGGAUAAAAGACGUCAACGUGCGUUAUUCUGAUAAUGUAUUCGAAGACGCUCUUCUGGAUGUGCCAGAUCUAAUCAGAAAGUAUCGCUACCCAGUCGAAGUGCACUCAGUGACGACGGAAGAUGGCUACAUACUGGAGAUGCACCGCAUCCCCCACGGUCGCGACGCUAACAAUGUGCCAAAUCAAAGGAAACCUGUUGUGUUCCUUAUGCACGGAAUGCUUGUUUCAUCUGCUGACUACGUUAUUUUUGGACCUGGCAGAGCUUUGGCUUAUAUCCUUGCCGAAGAAGGAUACGACGUGUGGAUGGGCAACGCUCGCGGUAACUACUACUCUCGUAAGCACGUCAGAUUGAACCCUGACGCUUUGCUGAGCACUGCGUUCUGGAAAUUCUCUUGGGAAGAAAUAGGCAGUAAGGACUUGCCCGCCAUGAUUGAUUAUGCGUUAGCGGUGUCUGGAGAAAAGGGGCUUCACUACAUUGGUCACUCGCAGGGCACGACGUCCUUCUUCGUGUUUGGUGCCAUGCGACCAGAAUACAAUUCCAAAAUAAUCUCGAUGCACGCAAUGGCACCCGUUGCUUAUAUGGCUCACAAUCAGAGCCCAAUUCUCAACUUUAUAUCGCCACAUGCAAACAGAAUUGAGACUCUGGCAUCGUUAAUCGGUAUUGGCGAGUUCCUGCCUAGUAACGAGUUUACUCAACAACUCGGUUCCAAAUACUGUAAAGACGAUGCUUUAACUCAACCUUUAUGCAGUCUUGCCAUCAUGAUAAUGGGAGGAUGGAACGCAGAACAGCAUAAUGCGACCAUGUUGCCAGUCAUCAUGGGACACGCACCAGCCGGUAUAUCUGUGAGGCAGCUGGCUCACUAUGGACAAGGUAUAGCAGCCGGUCACUUCCGUCGGUACGACCAAGGAUCUCGAUUUGCCAACUACAGAGCUUACGGGUCCUUCACUCCUCCGCGAUACGACUUAUCUAAAGUGACCGCUCCAGUGUUCCUCCAUUACUCCGACAAUGAUCAUCUAGCACACGUCAACGAUGUUGACAGAUUGUUUAGAGAACUCGCUAGACCUACCAAGAUGAGAGUACCUAUGGCCUCCUUUAGCCAUGUUGACUUUAACUACGGCAUCAACGCCAAAGAAUUGGUUUACGAUAGGAUAAUCAAUCUUAUUAAAGCUAUUGAUGGAAGUGUUUAGGAAUAAUCAUAUUGGCAAAAAUUAAAUAAUAAAUACCA